AUGACACCCAACCUCUCCCUCUACGCCAUCCCAGCAUACUGGCUACUAGCGCUGUAUCCGCAUGCUUAUGCCAUCACCCUCGUCAAACGCGCCAACAACAACAAAUGGAACAACGCCAACCCCCGCGGCACCUCCACAACCAACACCUACCAGAAAUGCGUCCCGGAAGCCACCUUCGCCCGCUUCGAGCGCGCCGAGGCGGCACACAAGAACCUCAUGGAGAAUGCGCCGUUCGUCGUUGGCGCCGUGGCGGUGGGGAAUUGGGCGGGUUUGGGGAGUGGAACGUUGAACACAGUCCUCGGAACGUAUCUAGCCCUCCGGGUCCUGUACGUGGCAUUCUACAUCAACGUCACGAGCAACAAGUACUCGUACCUCCGCACGCUGGUAUGGACUGCCUCGACAACGCUUCUUAUGGGAUUGUUCGUCAAAGCGGGUAACAAGAUCGCUUUUGCCUAG